UUUCACUUUUUCAAUCAGAGCCACAAUGGUCAGCAUCAGGUCCAUCAUCAUCAUCAUCAACAACACCAGCAGAAACAAAAGUCACAAGCUUUCAAAAACGUAUCGGUACUGCAUGAAUCACACAAACUGCCUGUUUUGAAUUCAAAACAGCAGUUAAGUGACUAGUUUGCAUCCCUGUCAACAGUCCUCUCAGUUUCUCUUAAAUGUAAAUUGAACACCCAUUCACAAACAUCAACUCAUCAAGACUCGUAUAAUCACAGUCCAUUCACUCAGUCAAUGUCUAGCCUUGUUAAGGACUUCUGUGAAUUCCCAGCAAUUGUAAACAACUUCCAUUUCUCCAACAUUUUCUCAAUCAAAGUUAGUGACUUUGUUUAGUUGUAGUGACAGUGUUUACAGUUAUUUUUCCCGAAAGAAAUAUCCAUGUUUGAGCCUAAAAUGUACUGUAUAACAAACAAGAUAAGAAAUACAUUUUAAAAUACUUCAUCUGGUGUACCAAAGCACUUGGAUUUUACCAAAUGUGAUUUCUAUGGUUUGGAGACAGAGAAUAUUUAUAACAAAAUUGACUUUGAGGGCAUUUUGUUUUUUUUCUCUUUUUUUUCUUUUUCUUUUUUUUACAAAAAACCAAUGUGGCCUUUAUUGUCAAUCUCUGUCUGAUUAUGGGACAAUGCAAUAUGCAUAAGCAAAUAAUGGCUGAAGAAAAACUCAACAAACUUUUCUUACAAUAUAACUUACAUUAUAUAGUCACUAACUGGUCUACAAAAUAGUAAAGCAAAACACACUAGGUCUCUAUUUGAAGCUUUAAGUUGUUUUAUUAUGAUCUUUAUUUUUUGUUCUUUUUCUUGUUAUAAAUUACUUUAGUUGUUUUAAUUAAAUACUUCUAUACCUUUGACACAUUUGAUAAGCAAAUAUGUGCAAUUUUUAACAACUACUUGAAAUGUAUUGUGCCCCUCUGUGUGUGUAAAAACGGGACAGGACUUUUAUUUUGGUGUGGCGACGUGACGACAUAAGACUGCGCAUUAGUUCGUUUGUUGAUCCGACUGAAGCAAGGAUUUUUGGGAGUCAAGCUCAUCUGCAGAAAAGAAAAACUGUUAUAAAGAUGACGUUUAUUAAAGAAGAGAGUGAAGACGUGAUGAUUGAAGAAGCAUUCCGUAUGAAACAAGAAGAUACUGAGGAACAAACAGACCUGAUGAUGCUGAAAGAGGAAAAUGAGAUACUGAAUGAAAUGGAACACAAAGAUCAGUAUAAGAAACAAUAUGGAGACCUUAACGUCCACAUAAGAAUUCACAAUGGAGAGAGCCCUUAUACCUGCCAACAGUGUGGAAAAAGUUUCCGUAAAAAUGCAACCCUUAAAGGCCACAUGAGAAUUCACACUGGAGAGAAGCCUUUCACCUGCCAACAGUGUGGAAGAAGUUUCACUCAAAAAGGAACCCUUAACAGGCACAUUAGAAUUCACACCGGAGAGAGGCCUUACUCCUGCCAACUGUGCGAAAAAACCUUUACAGCAGAAGUAAACCUUAAGUAUCACAUGAACAGUCACACAGGAGUUAAGCCAUUCCCAUGUGAACAAUGUGGAAAGUUUUUCAAACGUAAGAAAACUCUUACUUCCCACAUAAUAAUGCACUCAAAAGAGAACUGUUUUACAUGUCAGCAGUGUGGAAUGAAUUUCCGGAACAUAAAACGCCUUAACAGACACAUUAUAAUUCACUCGGAGGAAAAGAUUUUCAAAUGCCAAGAGUGUGAAAAGAAAUUUCGAUUUAAAGUAAGCCUUAAGUCUCACAUGAGAAUUCACACUGGAGAAAAACCUUACACCUGCCAUCACUGUGGAAAGAGUUUCAGACAUAGCGUAAGCCUCAAGACUCACGUGAGACUUCACACUGGAGAGAAGCCAUUUACUUGCCCUCAGUGCGGAAAUAGUUUCAAAUAUAAAGCAACCUUUAAUGCUCAUAUGAGAGGUCACACUGGAGAGUGCCCUUACACGUGCAAACUGUGCGGGAAUAGCUUCUCACAAAAAGGAAAUCUUAAGACUCACAUGAGAGUUCACACUGGAGAGAAGCCGUUCUUAUGCGUUCAGUGUGGAAAAUCUUUCACACGAAAAGAAAGCCUUAAUUACCACAUGAGAAUUCAUUCCAGAGAGAACGGUUUUAAAUGUCAUGAGUGUGGAAAGUGUUUCCCAGAUAAGAAAAACCUCAAGAGGCAUGCAAUAAUUCACACUGGAGAGAAGCCUUUCACUUGCCAUCAAUGUGGAAAGAGUUGUAGAUUUAAAGGAAACCUUAAAACUCACAUGAAAAUUCACACUGGAGAGAAACCUUUCAUCUGUCCUCAGUGUGGAAAAGGUUUCACAUUUAAAGGAAACCUUGAAGUUCACAUGAGAGUACACACUAGAGAGAGGCCUUUUAAAUGUCUUCAGUGCAAGAGGAGUUACACAUAUCAAAAAGACCUGAACCAUCAUUUGCAAACUCAUUCUGGAAAGAAAUUGCAGUGUUCUGAUUGUGGCAAGCCGUUUAGAAAAAAGAGCCAUUUGAAAAAUCACCAGUGCAUUCACUCUAAAGAAAGGAUGUUUAAUUGUGAUCAUUGUAAUAAAAAUUUUAUUUUGCUCUCACACUUGCAGAUACAUCUGAAAAGUCAUGCAGAUGUAAGACGUUAUUUGUGUUCUGUGUGUGGGAAAAGAUUUAAAUGGCUCGGCAGUUUAAAAUGUCACCAGAAAAUGCGUGUCUGUGUGAAAUCAAGGCUACGUUCACAUCGUGAAUAAAGAUUUCUUUGGUGAGGCUGUUCACUUAAUAUUUUAAAUGUGGCCCUUAUCAGACAAUCAUCUGAAAAGUUGAAGCUUUUUAUAUGUACUUAUGAACGCCUGUGGACAUGCCUGACCAUUUUAGUUCAGAUUCCAUUUAAUACCUUGGAAUCAAAAUGCAUUGUUACAUUGUGGCAUUUCAGAAAGAGACAGAAAUGUAUAUGAAGCAUUAUGAAUAAAAGGACAGACUUAAUGAAAUAAUGAACCUUUAUU